AUGGCUAGAAAACAUGAACAUUUUGGAUUAAGCUAUUUGGAAGAAUUGAAUAUAGUUAAGGAGCGUGAAAAUAUAUGUAAAGAAUCUAAGCAUGAAUUUAUGAAAUUUAAACAAGAAUUUACUUCUGACCAUGGAAAUGUAAACAAAGCUUUACAGGAAGUUACACCAUCAAGUCAGUCACUUCAGAUACAUUCUAAAACUAUAAGCCCCUUUCUAUGUUCUGAAAGCAAACAACUUUCUUCUGAGUUGGAUAUUUCUGGAAUCCAGAAAAAAGUAAGGAUUGCUUGUGAUGAAGAAGAAGAAACAAUUGAGAUUGAAGAUACUCCAAGUCAGCCAAAGAAAUCUUCUAAGAAGCAGAACCAUACUGAUGGUAAAAAAAAGGCCUUUCAUUCUGGAAAAGCCAUCCUAGAACAUAAAAGUGAGAGCCCAGGAGAUGAAGUUGAAAAAAUGCCAGUAUUAAUAGCCUCUUUCGUAGGAACCACCAAGCAGAUGACCAUAUUGAAAAAACCAGGACCACUGAAACCAAAAUCUCCAAAGAUUCCUUGUGCAAAAUUACGAUUUAAAGGUCAGUCAAAAGAUAGCCAUGCUAGUAGUAGUAAACCACUUGAACAAAAAAUACUGUCUCAGCAUAUAGUUCUUCCCACAGCAGGGACCAGCUCUGCAGACUUUGAUGAUACCUCUUCUGUGAUUUCCAGUGUACAUGAAAAAUCUAUGACUAUUUCUAAAGAAGACUCAGAAUCAAAUGUACCCAGUUGCUUAGAAAGAUCUUACAGUACAAAAGGCAGUGCUUCAUCUAGUAUUAAAUUUGCUCCAGCACAUCUGGAAGAAACCAUAUCUGAAAGUAGACUAGGUCUUUCAAAAUCACAUUUGAAAUCUUUUUCUUCAUACAGCAAGUCACAAGCAUCUCAUUCCAUUUCAAAGUUGCCUUCUGGAAUCGUUUCACGAUCUAUUGAUGAAAUAAUUGAAUCUUUAAAGUCUACUGUUCCCACUGAUUCAGACUUAAAGAUCAAAGAACUCUUGGAGAGUAUUCUUGGCCAGGAUUAUCUCAUAAAGAUUCAACAGUCAGCUAUCAGAAAAGAAAUGCAGCCAAAUGAACUGGAGUUACCAGCUGUACGAAUGGCACCAGUGGAAAGUGACAUUAUAAAAUUGAAGCCAUCUCACAUUAGAAAGGAUCGAUCUGUAUCUCCAUCUGCAUACCAAGGUAUACAACUGAUACCAGAAGAUUCAGAGCAAGAGAUAGCUGAGAGCUCCCAGGCAAGAUCCAUUUCCUACAGUGUGCAGCUGCAACCCUCUGAAAUGAGAGAACAUAUUGCUGGAAUUGAGGUUGCAAAUGGAGUAAUGCCAACAGCUACAGAAGAAUCAGAUUAUGUGUUUAAAACAGUUUCACCAGAGCAACAAAGCAUACAUGAAAGUGAAAAUUAUUCGUUUUCAGAGAUUGAAGAGACACCGGAGUCAAUUGUUGAAAGGUCAAAAGGUUUGCUGCAUGUCUCUACUGAAGAAAAAUUAGAAGACUUUGCGUCUUCAAGCAUGGGCUUGAUAAUACAAGGAAAAGCAUUUCCAAAGGCUAGACCUGUUGAAAUUCAGAAAAGUGUAGAAGAUCUUCAGUAUCAACAACCCGUAUCUCUCCUUUCUACAUGGACUACAAAGAUCAAAGAGGUGGAUUACCCACUUAUUCAUCUUCUAUGUACUACCUCUCCUGGAUUUGUAUUGCCCAGUAAUCUGCGGCUAGUUUCUAGAGUACAUCAUACUAUAGACAAAGCUGGUCAUGGUAUUUCAUUACCACCUAUUAAUUUUGACUGCCACAAUUCUGAAGGCCUAUUCCCAGUAACUGCUGCAUUUGAGGAACAAAUUUACAGAGAAAGCAGACUCAAAAAUGUCCAUUACAACUACAAUGAUGGUAAAAAAUGUGACAAAAUAUGCAUUGAGUCAUUAUUCAAACCCCUGAAUUUUGUACAUCCAUCUCGAUAUCAGAUGCAUGUAAUGAAACUUCAGCCUGGAUCUCUAAAAAUGUUUUGGACUCCAGCUCCCCAUAAAUUUUCGGCUCCUCUGUCUGUUAUGAAGGAAAUCUUGUUUUCCAAGUAUGAGAGCAAUUUGGUUCAUGGGGUAAUUUAUGAAGAUUUUUCUAUUGAUCUUCAAGAGAAAGAAAAGGCAGAAGAUGAAGAUGACGUUGACUAUUUAUUUUCUAAUAUUAGUGCAAAUGGAAGAUGUGGUUCCUUUCCAGAACUUGCUGCAAAGGAUGAAGAUAUUACACAUGAACAUUUGGUUAAAAGGCCAAACAGUGCACCGGAAUUGUCCUCAUACAGAGACAAAACACUUAUAAAGAUUUCUGCAAAUUUCAAAACUGUUAUGGAAGAGCUUGAUAUCAUGAGCAAACAUGUUCCUUUAACAAAACCUAAAGCUGAAACUUCUCCAGAAAAGGGUAGACAAAGUCCUACUGCUAACCUUUCUAAAAUUUGUUUUAGCCCUUCAAAACCACCGGUAGAUACAGAGAAAGUUUCUGAAACAAUUAUGGGAAAUACACUAAGACUCCCAAAAGGAAAUCUGUUUGAAGUAGAGCCUCCUGAAGGUCUCCUAGAUCAGACUGCUCUUGCUGAUAAAUGUCGAAAAGCUGGAAUUAACUACAUCAUUUUCCCAAAGAAAAAAAGAAAAUCGAAGAAAGUGGGGAAAAGUAUCACUCCCAAAGUCUUGGAUAGUAUAUUUCAAAAAUUAAAUGAACCUCCGAAGGUUCUUAAAAGGUUAAAGAGCCAGCCUUUGGCUUUAUGGUCAAAUAAUCCUCAUUUCAUAAGCACCAGUACUGCAACAGCAAAUAUAUUCUUCCUAUUGGUCUCCUUAGUAUGUUUCGGGCAGCUGCUCAUUUCUCUGAGUGAUCAGUCAGAUUCUUCAUUGUUUGCAGAGGAUAUUCAGAUCUCUGCUUGUGCCAUGGUCAGCCCUGAGGAAAAUAACCCAAUUCCGUUGCCCUCCGUAUUUCAAGCAGAAGGCAUACCAAAAGCAUACUUGGGGGCACCAGCCAGGCACUGGUACCACCAACAGACUCAGCACAGCAAAGAUCUAGGCAUUAAUCUCAAAACUCCAAGUAGCACCUUUGAUCUUAAUAGUCCCCCAUAUAAGCCACUCAGGGCCCAGUUCUAUGGUGUGGGACUCUUCCAUAAUGUAGUGAUUUUACUUUCUGUGUCCUCGCUAUUAUUGCCUGAUUCAGGGGCAUUUGUCACUUCACUUGAACUGGCAUUACAUACAGCAGACAAGUUCCCUAAGCAUAGGAAAUGCAUUCAGGUCCCUUCUGCUAUGAGAGGGAAGUCUGUGUCUCUGACUUUCCAGAAGCUUAAGAUGCAUAAUAAAUACUCUAUUAAAGUAUCUCGAGCAAUUCAACUUUAUAGAAGCCCUAGCCUCCCUUGUUUGUUAAACUUUGAAACAUUUGCCAAAAAACAGGGUAAAAGAUCUGAAGAUUCUGAUUAUCUAUGGACCAGGCUAUUGUGGAAUAAAUGGUUUGAGGAGCGGUUUGUUCCCAUUAUCAAAACCACUGAAGAUAAACAGAUGUUAGGCAAACAUCUUUUGGAACAGAAAAUAGAGGAUGCUGCAAAAGAAAAAGAAUUACCAAACUAUGUGAAUCCUUUUCUAUUUGAUGGCAAAAAAGAAGAACUUGCACAGUGUGAGCGUGAGAUUGAGAGAAUAACCCAAGAGAUAAAUACAGGAUGUGCUACAGCAUUUAACUAUUGUCGUCGUGGAGCAAUAUACAGAAAGAUUGGAAAAAUGCAAUCAGCUUUGGAUGACUUAGAAAAAGUUUGUUUAAAGCAAAUACUUUGCUUACUUCUUAGUUUUCAGGGACCAGCUCUUGUGGCAUUUUGGCUACUCCAUCUGCAGUGCUCCAAACAAGUACCUUUUCAGCUUCUACCAGAUUUCAGUAGGACAUACAGGCUAAUAGCAAGUGAAGCUGGGCAAUGCGGGGGUUUCUCUGAUCCAAAAUCCAGCUGCAAACAUUGUUUGAAAGGAGGAUACAAUGCUUAUUUGUCGAGAGCUCAGAUAUAUAGAAAACAGGGGAAAAAUCACUUGGCAAUGAUAAAUUACACUUUGGCACUGAGAUAUAGACCCACAGAUCCUGAAAUAUAUUACAAGAGAGGUGAAGUCCAUGAAGAAGAGGGUGAAUUAAUACUGGCAAUGGAAGACUAUUCAAAGUGCCUUUACUAUGAUCCGCAAAGUGUUGAUGCAUGUAUGAAACAUGGAAUAUAUUAUUUUAACAAAUCAAAUUGGACUGUAGCUAUGAAUAAUUUUACAACUGUGAUUAAAAAAGAUCCAAAACAUGCAGAGGCAAGAACCUACAGAGCCAGAAUAUAUAUUAAGCAAGAGCAAUAUAAAAAUGCAGCUGAAGAUUUAUCUGCUGCAAUUCAUUUGAAUCCCCGUAACUGGAUUGCAUUCUAUUACAGAGGUUGUAUUUUGAGGAAAAUUGAUCCAAAACAAUCCCUACAGGACUUAAGUGUUUCUGUCCUUCUCAAUCACAAAUAUGACAAUAUUGGUGCUUACCUUCAUCGUGGGAUCUUGUAUGCAGAAUUGAAACAGUGGCCCCUGGCCAUCUGUGAUUUUGAAAAUGCAAUUGCUUUGGACAGGAGUCUUACAACACCUUAUAUAAAUAUUGGAUUGAUUACGAUGUUGCAUUCAGAUCAGUAUUUUGAUGCUAUUCUACGGUUCACUGAAGCCAUUCGGGUUGAUCCAUUAGAUGUUAGACCUUAUCUGUGCAGGGCUCAAGCUUACCAAAAGGUUCAUGAUUUAAGGAAUUCAGUUAAAGAUAUAAAUAGAGCUAUUCAUCUCCAUCCCAAUUUACCCCAUUUAUUCUUAACAAGGGGACAGUAUUUACUACAAAUGAAGCAUUUUAAGCUUGCAAGUUUCUGUAUACACCAAGUGGCAGAAAUGGACAAAGGUACAGCUCUUUCAAAUGGUCUUAAGCAUAUUUACAUGGGAAUAAAAAUUACAUUGAAAGAACAUACUAUGAAUAUGUGCUUGAUGUAUGGUUUGCAGAACUAUUGUGCAAGAUCGCUUGGAUGUUCACUUGUUCAAGAAGCACUUGUGCAGUCAUUUUGUCAAAACUAUAACAAGGCUAUUGAGUGUGCAAUUGCAGCCACGAGAAACCAACCUGAGCCAGCUUUGUAUAAUCUACUUGGAAAAAUCCAGAUGAAAGCCAAAAAAUUCAAGGAUGCUCUUUCCAGUCUUAAUGAGGCUUUGAUGCUGCUAGCUGGCACUGACAAAUGUCUUCCUAAUACCUUUGAGUCUGCAGAAUUAUAUUUUUUAAUGGGCCAGUGCUACAUGGAGCAAGUUUUUCUAUUAGAGGCCUGCGAUGCUUUUACUUCUGCUGUCAGGCUAUAUCCACGAUAUGCAGAUGCAUUUUAUCAGCGAGGGCUUUGCAGAAUGCAGCUCCAACAAGCUAAAUGCAUCUUAGAUUUUAACAAAACACUUGCUAUUGUACCAAGGCAUUUUCAGGCUUACAUAAGUCGUGCUGCUUACUACGGUAGCAAAGGAAGAUACUCUAAAGCAAUAAUGAAUUGCACUGAAGCCCUCAAAAUUGAGCCCUGUAGUGUGAGAGGGUAUCUUUACAGAGGAGUACUGAAAUUUUACAACAGGACUUACAAGCAUGCUGUUGAAGAUUUAACUAAAGCUAUAAAAUUAGAUAAGAUGUGCACUUUGGCAUAUUAUAACAGAGCAAUUGCGUUUCAACAAUUGAAGGACUACGAACAUAGUUUGAUAGAUUAUGAGACUGUUCUUCGUCUUGAAACAAACAAGGACAUUGUCUUGAAAGUGCUGAAAAAUCGUGCUCUGGUUUAUAUAGAAAUGAAACGCUAUGAUUAUGCAUUAAAGGACUUUGCAGAAGUGGCAAUGAUUGAACAAAAAAACACAGAAUUAUUGAAUGCUAUUGGACUUUGCUAUCACAGACUUCAGAAAUACGAAGAAGCUGUGGAAUCAUUUUCUAAAGUUCUUAAACUCAAUCCCUUUGUUUUGGAUGCCUACAUUGGUCGAGGAAAUGCAUACCUGGAAUAUGGUCAUAGCAAAGGCACUAGACAAGCCCUAAAGGAUUUCUUGACAGCAGUGCAUAUCAAUCCAGUGUGCAUAAAGGCUAGACUUUGCUUAGGAUACAGUUUGCAGGCUCUUGGAAAAUUUCAGAAAGCCUGGACUCAGUUUUCAGCAGCCAUUCAUUGUGAUCCUAGCUGUCACAUUGCUUAUGAUGGACGUGCUAUAGUCUGUCUACAGAUGGGGGACAUUUUUGCUGCUUUUCAAGAUACAAAUGCUGCACUAAAGAUAAUCACUAACGCAGAAUUGCUUACAAAUCGAGGUGUGAUUAAUCAGUUCAUGGGAUAUUUAAACUGUGCUAUACGUGACUAUCAGCAGGCUAUCACCAUUGACCCCAAUUAUGCUUUAGCCUAUUUCAAUGCAGCAAAUGUCUACUUUUUAAACAAGCAAUUCUCACAGGCAAAUGACUAUUAUGACAAGGCCAUAGAACUUGAUCCCCAAAAUGAAUCUGCUUUCCUGAAUCGAGCUAUUACAAAUACGCUCUUAAAAAAAUUUGAAGAAGCAAAAACAGAUUUUGAGAAGGCAAUUUCCUUGUCUCCUUUGUCUGCAGCAAUAUAUUUUAACAAGGCAAAUCUCUACAGCAUGUUACAACAAUAUGAGCAAGCUGAGGAAGACAUUUCAAAAGCCCUUUCAAUUCAACCUUAUGAUGCCUUGAUGUAUAAGCUCAGAGCUGAUAUUCGUGGCAAAAUGGGAUUAAUUCAAGAAGCAAUUGCUGAUUACAAGAAAGCCAUCAGCAUCCAAGAGCUAAUCAACAGCAAUUGAAAAGAUGAACACUAAAAAAUAUUUAUAGUACUAUUUAAAACUGGAUAACAUUUUCUACUGGUAUAGAUAGCUUGCACUAGUGUUUUGUACUUAUCACAGUUUUAAAAUACAUACAUUUCAGUACUUAAUUGCAGAACUUGACAAGAAGCAUUAAAUAAAGCAAAG